AUGAAUAUACUUGAUUUGCCCAAUGAAUUGUUGAUUAUUAUUUUCAACAAAUUAAAUGCAGUCGAUUCUCUCUAUUCACUUGUGGAUGUGAAUGAACGAUUUGAUGAAAUAGUGCUAGAAGCUCUUCAUAUUCAGUGUCUUGAUACAGCAAACAUGCUUAAAGAAUCAAGUUUUGAUGAAAGCGCUCCGGUGAAUCAAGCAAUACUUCGCAAAAUAUGUGAAAAAAUUCUGCCUCGACUUCAUCUUCGAUUGAAUGAACUGAUCGUUGAUCAAAAUUCACUUCAACAUAUUCUUUUUUCUAAUACUUACCCUCAACUAUCGUCUAUAUCGCUUGUUAACUUUCAACAGAAAAGUCUUCUUCGAUAUUUAAGAGAUGAUUCCAUUCUGCGUGAACUUCUCUCUGAACAAAUCACACAUUUGUCUAUUGGGUUUCGAUUCGAAUUACCAGUGGAAGACCUCGAAACUUCGACAAAUAUAUUUGCUCUAAUUUUAUAUUUAUGUCAACGAUUAGAUAGCUUAAGCUAUUGUCAGCUGUUUUCAUAUCAAACCAUCCCGGUCUUUAUUCAAAUAUCGCCAUCGAUAAAUGUGAUAUCUUCAACUUUAACUGCUCUGGAGAUCAAUAUUAAAACAUUUCAAUGCUGUCUUCGUAUUUUGGACGGCCGUUUCGCCUGUUUAAGAACACUGAGAGUUCAUAUCGAACGAAUUUCACAUCGCUUCUGCAAUAUAGAUACCACAGUAAGUCGCUUAUCGCGCAAUGCAUUGUGUGUGAAAGCAGAAAAGAAAAUAGAUGAACUAUAUUCUCUUUAG